AUGGGUGUGAACACAUUGUUCAUUUCUGUGGCUUGUACUGCUCUAAGCCUAGUCGGCCUCCAGUAUUGGACAGAUGUUUCACUUGAAAAGCAUAAAUCAAGUGGUUUGGUUGUUGAUGAAUUUCUUAAUUUGGAAGAUGUAAGCCAUGCCUUGGAGUUACUCUUGGGUUCGUACACCACUCUUGUGUUGGUGGCCUGUUUUGCAACUAAUGUAGCUGUCUUGACAAUUUUAGGCUUAAAGACAAUAUUCUUUUCAGAGUUGUAUACAUCAGAGAUACGGAAAAUGCUUGAGCGCCUUAUUAAUUAUAUCAUAUAUAAGGGAACUUUUCUUCCAUUAGUGGUUCCACCAACAAUAUUUCAAGCAGGACUGUGGUCGACUUGGUUAGCUGUACUUUGUUUUUUGAAGAUGUUUCAAGCUUUGGCCAGGGAUCGACUUGAACGAUUGAAUGUUUCUCCUUCUGCCACCCCUUGGACAUACUUCCGCGUAUAUUCUGCGCUGUUGUUUGUUCUCUCUGGUGACUUGCUCUGGAUAUUGCUAUGUCUGAUAAUAUACAAUGAGACUAGUUCACCAAUGUUUUUGUUGUUAUUCUUUGAGCCUUCAAGCAUUGCUUUUGAAACAUUACAGGCAAUUGUGGUUCAUGGAUUUCAAUUGCUUGAGAUAUGGUUUCAUCACUCUGCAGGAGAUAGUGAGAGUUGCCGGUUAUCAAAAAUAUUGGAUAUAUCCCCAGCCGGCUUUUUGGGGGAGUGGAAAGGCAUCCUCAUCCGAAAUUUGGGGUUUUUCCUGGACAUGAUGACAAUGCUGAUGGCUAUUGCUCAUUAUUUGCAUAUUUGGUUUCUUCAUGGAAUGGCAUUUCAUCUUGUGGAUGCUGUCCUUUUCCUAAAUAUCCGUGCAAUUCUAAGUGCGAUUGUGAGACGUGCUAAGGGUUUCAUCAAACUACGUGGUGCUCUGGGAACCCUUCAUGGGGCCCUUCCAGAUGCCACAUCUGAAGAGCUCAGAGUAUAUGAUGAUGAGUGUGCAAUUUGUAGGGAACCGAUGGCAAAAGCUAAGAAGCUGUCUUGUAAACAUCUUUUUCAUCUUGCGUGCUUGAGAUCUUGGUUGGACCAAGGUUUAGCUGAGAGUUACUCAUGCCCCACUUGUCGGAAGCCACUAUUUGCAGGCAGACCUGAAAAUGGGGCUAGUACCAGGGCUGCCGAAAUUCCAAGAGAUGAGCAGCUAGCUCGUUCAUUGAGCACUGGGCUUGAUAGGCCAAAUCUUCCUGGUCAUAAUCCUCAUCCUGGAGUCUUCCCUAGCCAGUCACAGAAUCCAGAGAGGGUGAGUGGGAUCGACUCAAGCUGGUUGAGUUUGGAUGGGGCUGGACCAUCUAGGUUGAGUCGCGUUCAGAUGGUAGUGAGACAACUUGCAGCUGUAGGAGAAACUUAUGACCAAACUGUCCUUGAGGAUGCUGCUUGGAGUCUUUUCCCCCCGGAUCCCUCUCAGGCUGGUACAUCCAGGUCAGCAGCUACACCUGCUGCUAGUCCAUUGCACUAUCCUAGAGGUGCUGCCGGUUUGCAUGUGAGAUCAACAUCACAAACUGUGAAUGGUAGCCUGGCGAAUAUAAUGGCCAUGGCUGAAACAGUACGGGAAGUGCUGCCCCAUAUUCCUGAUGACCUAAUCUUUCAGGAUUUGCAGCGGACAAAUUCGGUGGCUGUCACUGUGAAUAAUCUUUUGCAAAUCUCUAUCAGUUUGGGCGACGAAGGGAGUUGCUUCAGUAAGCUGUUGUUCUCCACGCUUGUAAUGGAGAUAAAAUCAAGACGAUCGAGCACAAAACCCAGCCGGAGGAUUUCCGGCGGCAGACAAGAGACUAUGGCCGUUCCCAUGGACAGAAUCAGCGCCUUGCCGGAUGACGUCAUCUGCCACAUCCUCUCGUUCCUCUCAACUCGGAGGUGCGUGCAGACCAGCAUUUUGGCAAGAAGGUGGCGGUCCCUUUGGGCUCAUUCCCCCAUUUUGGAUUUCGACUUUACCGGAGAAUUGUUGGACUAUUGGAACAACAUGGUAGAAAUCAUCAACACGGUUAUGUUCCUUCACAAAGGGCAAAACAUAAGUACUUUUCGCUUAGCUAAUGAGGACAUCUGUGGCCUCUCUCAGGAUGAAAUAGAUGCUUGGAUUGUCACUCUCAUUUCGUCUCUCAUUUCGUGCAAUGUCCGUAAUCUUUAUAUUUGGUUAGAUGUUAAAAUGCCUCUCUGUCUGUUUUCGUGCGGAACCCUUGUUGAUUUGAGUCUUUCUUGUUGUUGCUGUGACUUCCCUUUGACCACCACUGUAUAUUUGCCUUCCCUGAAAAGGCUUCAACUUGACUCAGUUGAGUUUGAAUGUGAUGAAUGCUUUACGCGCCUGGUUUCUGGUUGCCGGGUGCUUGAGGAGUUGAGUUUGCUGUCGGACACUGUGCUAAGCUGUUUUGUUUCUUCACCUUCUCUAAUUAGGCUCAAACUCAGUACAGAUUGUGAUAUAGAUAGUGAAACGGUCUUGAGGGUGAAGAUAGAUACUCCGGCACUCAGAUUUCUUGAAUUACGUGAUAUUAGAUCUGAGGAAAUCUCAGCCGAGGGGUUUGCAUCCUUAGUUGAGGCAAAUAUAUACAUGAAUCUCGUUGAGCCGAUUGAAGAUGUUGUUUCUUAUUCUCAUUCUGUGAUGGGAUUAGUCAAUAAGCUGUGUAAUGUGACGUGCCUGAAUUUAUCAACUCGAACGAUGGAGGUUCCUGAUUCUGCAUUUCGUGCAUUGGUUGUAAAAUUCCCAAAUUUAACCAAACUAGAUUUUUCAGCAGACGUCCGUUUUAUCCCAUUUCUCCUUGAAAAUGCUGACAAUCUCGAAACCAUCACAUUCGGUUCGCUGUAUGGAGAUCAAGAACGCUGGAUUGAGCCCAAAAAAGUGGCACCGUGCUUGGUAUCACAUCUUCGAACAGUGAGAGUUACUUACUUUAGCUUUACUGCUCUACAGUUUAAAAUGGUAAGAUACAUUAUACGGAAUGCUAAAGUCUUGAGGAGGAUGGAAAUACAAACCCGACACUGUACCCUGAAGGAAAAACAUGAAGCGAUCAAGAAAAUAUCAUUAUCUGAGAGAGGAUCUGAGGCAUGUCAAGUUGUCAUCCUUUGA